AAGAUGAAAAACGAAAACAAUUUUCUGAAGAUUUAUAUUCAAAGACAAAGACUUAAACGACAAUUGGAAAUGCAAACUUCGAUGUCUUUAGAAGAAAGAAAACGAGAAGAAGAAGCGAGAAGACAUAAAAUGCGAAUGACUUUAGACCAAGUUCGCGAAGAACUCAUCAAAUUGGAUCAAAAACUGUCGGAUUUAAGACAACAAAAACACGGACUCUUCUCUCAACUCAAGAAAGUUCUUCACGAAGAUGUCGUCCGUCGGCGAACUCGAGACCAACUCUUCGCCCAAGACCAGCUCUUCGACGCCUCUUCUCUGCCACUGUUCGCCCACUACGCGCCGCCCUUCUUCGCUUCGACCGUUCGAUCAGUUCCGCCGCCUCCCAAAUUCGGUCCGACGCCUCCUUCGCCGUCGCAGUCGAGUAUUCGUCCGCAGAAACGAUUGCACGAAUCGGUUCCGUAUACGCCAUCCGUUGGAAAGUCGCCGGAAAUGAAAACCGAAAACACUUUUUCUCUUCCGAACCGAAAAUUCUUUCAAUAAAUUACGUCUAAAUUCACUUUCAUUUCUUUG